ACUCUCAAAAGACUCAUAUUUUGGCAGGUCACUUACAAACCUCCGUACCACGGAAUCAUAAAUACUGUACUUGUGUCCAAUACUCUCUCAAACCCUGCCAGACACUUCAUCAAGGGAAAGAUGGCUUCACAAAAGGGUUUGACAAACGUGAAUAUCACGUCUCUGAAGAAGCGUGCUGAGGGCAAGGUGCGCAAUUUAUACGACGUUGACGAGAAGACGCUGCUGUUCGUUACUACCGACCGCAUCUCUGCCUACGAUGUCAUCAUGAACAACGCAGUGCCCCUGAAGGGAGCUAUCCUCACACAUAUCUCUAAGCACUGGUUCAGUGUCCUGACUGAGAGGGUUCCCGGCCUGAAGACGCACUUCUUGACCACAGAUGCGCCAUCAGCUCUAACACCCGAGGAGGCCGCCCAAGUCAAGGAUCGUUCCAUGCAAGUGCGCAAGCUUGAGGUGAUUCAGAUUGAGGCCAUCGUUCGUGGUUACGUUACUGGUUCCGCCUACAAGGAAUACAAGAGGAACGGAACUGUUCACGGCAUCAAGCUUCCCGAGGGGCUGCGCGAGUGUGACGCCAUUCCGGGUGGUCCCAUCUACACACCCAGCACCAAGGCCCCACUAGGACAUCACGACGAGAACAUUUCUCCCCAGCAAGCAAAGGAGUACCUUGCAAAGGAGUACCCUGGCGGCAAAGGCGAACAGAUUGCCGACCGCAUCGCGGAACUGGCGGUGCAGAUCUUCAAAGCUGGUCAGGAAUACGCUGCGGAACGCGGCAUUAUACUCGCCGACACCAAGUUUGAAUUUGCUCUGGACAAUGAGACCGGCGAGAUCAUCCUCGCGGAUGAGUGUCUUACUCCUGACAGCUCUAGAUACUGGCCCAAGGAUAAGUACGAGCCAGGCCGAGACCAGGAGAGCUUCGACAAGCAAUUCUUGAGAAACUAUUUGACUGAGAAUGGUCUCAAAGCGAAGGAGAACGUCUCGGUGCCAGAGGAGAUCAUGACCGCUACAUCCAAGCGAUACCUCGACGUUUUUGAACGGCUCGUGGGUAAGAAGUUGCAGGAUGUGUUGAAGGCAUAAGGAUGGGAAGACGGGUUCAGGGAAAUGUAAGUAGGAACAUUCUCACUGCAGUACAUAGUUUGGGCGCAAACUUUUAUCCAUGAGGGAUUGGCGAUCUCAGGACCAAGCAGGGUGUUUGCUGUUCUACGUCUUUCCGAUAAAUCACAAUGUGAAGGCAAUCGUAACAAAUAAUAUCAAUCCCUCGAUAAUGACUGCAAA